AUGUCAUUCCUCACCCAACUCAAGCUCAAGAUCAAAAAAACCGUCAGCAAAUACUGCACUUCAUCCAUUAAGAGGAGGGCCUCAACUGGCGGAUUCCCCGGCCCAAAACUUGGAGAUGGAACAAAGCCCGCAAAACGAUGUCUAAGCUGCCAGACGGUGUGGAUCGAGGCUCCCUCUGAAUUGUGCAGUAGCUGUAGGGAUUUCCGUGGAUUAGGUCUUUUUUUGAUUUUUUUGAUUGAUUGCUAAUAGCGGUAGGAAUAGGCGAAGUGAGUCCACACGCGCGCCCCGCCUUCCGGGAGGAGGGAGAAUCGACGAAGAAGAAGGGUGGUGAUGGGGAAGGAGGGGUUGGAGAAGCUGGACAGGCCUCUGGUGGGGAGUGCGAGGCUCAAGGAGAGGCUACAGAGGAAGGCCCGACACUAGAUAAUAUCCUCAGAGGGGAUUUUCCAAAGGAGAUUGGAGAAGGGUUUUCGUGGAAAGAUUGA